AACAAUCACAAACUGAGCAUGCGCUUUUGCCCGAUACAAUAAUGGAGGACCAUCCUUACUGCCCGUGGUAAAUUCUGAAUAAAUGCCCUUCUUACUCUGAAGAUCUGAGUCACCAACCAGUACUCAACAGCUCGAGAUAUUGUGACACUGGCAACAUGGCUUCAGAUUCUGCAUCCCAGAAUCCUGGCUGCAGGAUCAUGACUUUUCAGCCCACCAAGGAAGAGUUCAAAGAUUUCAGUCGCUACAUAGCCUACAUGGAGUCACAAGGAGCACAUCGGGCCGGAAUGGCAAAGGUCAUACCACCUAAAGAUUGGAAACCCAGGAAAACGUACGAUGACAUUGAUGACCUGGUGAUUCCCGCGCCCAUUCAGCAAGUGGUGACUGGCCAGUCAGGUCUCUUCACCCAGUACAACAUUCAGAAAAAGCCCAUGACUCUCCGGGAGUUCCGCAAGACUGCAAAUACAGACAAGUUCUGUAACCCCAGAUAUGUGGACUUUGAUGAACUGGAGAGAAAGUACUGGAAGAACCUGACCUUUAACCCUCCCCUCUAUGGAGCCGAUGUCAAUGGCACCCUCUAUGAUCCAGACGUGACGGAAUGGAACAUAGGGUGUUUGAAUACUAUCCUGGACACGGUGGAGAGAGAGAGUGGCAUCAAAAUCAAAGGCGUGAACACCCCGUACCUGUACUUUGGGAUGUGGAAGAGCACAUUUGCCUGGCACACCGAAGACAUGGAUCUCUACAGCAUUAACUACCUGCACUUUGGAGAGCCCAAGUCUUGGUAUUGUGUUCCCCCUGAACAUGGAAAAAGACUGGAGCGCCUAGCUAAAGGCUUUUUCCCUGGAAGUGCCCAAAGUUGUGAGGCCUUCUUACGACACAAGAUGACUUUAAUUUCACCAUCAAUACUUAAAAAAUAUGGAAUACCAUUUGAGAAGGUUACUCAGGAAGCUGGUCAGUUCAUAGUGACAUUUCCAUAUGGAUACCAUGCUGGGUUCAACCACGGCUUCAACUGUGCAGAGUCCACCAACUUUGCCACACAGCGGUGGAUUGAGUAUGGGAAGCAGGCCACACUGUGCUCGUGCCGGAAGGACAUGGUGAAGAUCUCAAUGGACCUGUUCGUGAGGAAGUUCCAGCCGGAGCGCUACAAGCUGUGGCUGGCCGGGAAGGACAACGGGCCCAUCGACCACUCCAAGCCCACCCCAGAGGCGGCGGAGUUCCUGCAGGGCGGCAGGGAGAGGUUCCUGGUGGAGCUCAGGAAGGAGGAGAGCAGCGACCAGGCGGACCACAUGGAGACGGAGGCCUCCACCACCACUGAGGGAGAGGAGGAGAGCAUCUCUAAAGAGAAAGCGGCCGUGAAGAGACAGCAUGGCUGCGUUGAGACUGAGCCGCAGCAGCACCAGGAGCAGCAGCAGCAGCAGCAGCAGCAGGAGACGCCUGGGCCAGACCAAGAAGAGGUGGAGCAGAAGAAGGCUCGUCUCUCUCCGCCCGAGAAUGAAACCCAGGAGCCAAGCUCAGCAAGCCCAGGUAACAACCAGCCCCAGGCCGACACUCAGGCCAAGGCAGAGAGCAGCACCCCACAGCCAGCAGAGUCAACAAAGCCUGGGGCAAAUGAGGUAAAAGCCGCACCGGCAGAGCCAACCAGUCCACAGCCUGCACAGGAAGAGCCCACUGCAGCUGAGCAGGGUUCAUCUGCUGGGGCUGAAGCCUUGGAGGGGAAGCCUGCUGAAGAGGUGGAGGCCUCUGUGGAGCCAGGGCAGGGGAAACAGGGAGUCCAGGAGUGCCCACAAGUGGAGGUUUCAGAUCAGGCAGCAGCAGCAGCUGCUGCUGCAACUGCAGGUGGGGUGCCUGCUGAGGUGGAACCAGCAGAAUCGAAGCCCACUGUUCUGGAACCAUCGCAGGUGGACUGUUCAGAGAAGGCGGAACGUUCUAAGGCUGACCCAGAAGACGAAAAGCCAGUUGUCGUCAAGACGACGACGACGACAACGACAGAAGACGAGAAGCCAGCUGUCGAGACGACGACGACGACGACGACGACGACGACAACAACGACAGAAGACGAGAAGCCAGCUGUCGUGACGACGACAGAAGCGAAACCCAUUGAGGUGCAACCAACCAAAGGAAAGCCCUCUGCGGUGGAACCGUCAAAGUUGCUGCCUGUUAAGUUUGAGCCUCUCAAGAUCGAGCGAACCAGAGCUAAGCCUGUCAAGGCACAGAACACGAAAGCAUCCAUCUGUCUCACCAGGAACAGCACCAUGUCCCCUCCGACACCGUCGCCAUCACCGUCGCCGCCGCGAUCACAGGCCCCUGCCCAGCCACCAGCCAAAGUAGCCAAAGCCAAGGCAGUCGCCCCAGCCGCACCAGUGCCCACCCCAGUGCCCACGGAGCCCCAUGCCGCCGCAGGGACAGCAGCCCUCACCGAGGUCAACACCAAACCUGCCCCUGCAACCUCAGUUACCCCGGCACCUGUGUCUACCCCUAGCCAUACCCCGGUUAACGCCCCAGCUACUACCCCGGCGGCCCCCAGCACCAGUCCGGUUCAAAGGCUCUUCCAGAGGACGCUGAGUCCGGCAGAGGUGCUGCACGUCCACAGCUACGCCAAAGGAGACUACUGCAGCGAGGGCGAGACGCCACGCAGGGAGGACAGGAACAGCGUCGGAGACGACAGUGACCUUGAGGACGAUGAUGACGAUGACGACGACGACGAUGAUGACGACGACGACGAUGACGAUGAGGUCAAGAAGGAGGCAGAUGAUGAAGCUGAAGACGAGGGUAUGACUGAGCGCCUGGGGAAACUCCCCCGUCACCAUCCACUCAUAAAGGACAGCAUGAGUGAUGAGGAGCUGCAGGAGCCGGCGGCAGCGGAGGACGAGGUGGUGGAGGGCGACGCCUGGGCCCGACCGCUGGCCUACUUGUGGCAGAACCGCCCCUACAGCCUGGAGAAGGAGAAGGAGUACAACCGCAGCGUGGGCCUGCAGCGACCCUACUGUGCCGUGUGCAUGCUCUUCCACACCUACCAGCGGACUGAAUGUGCGGACAGCGACCCCUCGGGUCCUCUGGUGGGUCCGGCGGCUCGUCAGCGGACCAAGCCCUUGAUUCCCGAGGCCUGCUUCACCACCACCACUGAGGAGUCGGCGGAGGUCGAGCUGUUGGCGCCCUACCUGGAGGCCGACGGCACCAGCCUGCUCAUCAGCUGCACCGUGUGCAGUGUACGCGUCCACGCCAGUUGCUAUGGCGUCAACCCACACAGUGUGACCAAAGGCUGGAAGUGUGCCCGCUGCAAGGCCAACGCCAUGGCCGAGAGCUGCUGCCUGUGCGCGCUGAGGGGAGGGGCCAUGCACCGAGCCAACAAUGACAAGUGGGUGCAUGUCCUGUGUGCAGUAGCUGUGCUGGAGGCGCGCUUCGUGAACAUCACCGAUCGCUCCCCUGUGGACCUCAGUGGCAUCCCCCUACAGAGGUUUAAACUGAAGUGCUACUACUGUAAGCGGCGGAUGAAGAAGCCGUCCGGCUGCUGUGUGCAGUGCUCCCACGGCCGCUGCCCCACCUCCUACCACCCCACCUGCGCCCAGGCGGCAGGCAUCCUCAUGCAGCCCAACGACUGGCCCUUCGUCGUCUACGUCACCUGCUGUCGGCACAAAGGCCCCGUCCAGGCUGAGGUGAGCGAGUAAGGAGAGGAGAGAGUAAGACAGGGAGGAGGGGAGAU